AAGCACCUGGAAGAUGCUUUGCAAGCUCGUCAGAAGGAGAUGGAGAACUUCUUGCAGAGGAAGCGUGUGGCACAGGAAGAUAUCUGUGGCCUGAUGAAGGUGUCUGGGGAGCUGAACUUCAAGAUCCGGGCAGAGUUUGCCUGCCUUCAUCAGAUCCUGGAGGAAGAGGAGACAGCUGUGCUGGCAGAGCUGGCCCAAAAGGAAGCACAGUCGCUGGCCCGGCUGCACAGGGACGUGCACGGGCUGGAGGAGGGGAUAUCAGUGCUGCAGAGGGACGUCGAGCGCAUAGAGCACACCCUGAGCAAGAUGGAAGAAGUGUCGUUGCUGGAGGUGGAGAGCCUGGAUAUCAGGCCCUCAGUGCGCGUCGAGACCCAGCCUGCUUUUGACCUGGAGCACUACAGGGACAGCCGCAGCGGCCCCUUGCAGUACAUCUUCUGGAGACAGAUGCUGCGCUCCAUCUGUCCUGCUCCUGCCCCCCUCACUUUCGACCCUGAGUCAGCCCACCCCAACCUCGUCUUCUCCAGAGACCUGACAGCAGUGACAGAGAGGAGCCGAGCGCCGCCUGUGCCCGUCAACCCCCGGCGCUUCCGACAGUGCGUCAACGUCCUGAGCUCCCAGACCUUUGACAGCGGCCGGCACUACUGGGAGGUCUGGGUGGGCAGCAAAACCAAGUGGGACCUGGGGGUGGCCGCCGAGGCUGUGGACCGGGCAGCAAAGGUCAAGCUGUGCCCGGAGAAUGGCUACUGGACACUGCGCCUGCGGAACAGGACCGAGUACUGGGCCACCACCACCCCCUGGGUGCGCCUGACUCCCCGCCCGCCCCUCCGCACAGUGGGGGUCUUCCUGGACUGCCGGGAGGGCACCGUCACCUUCUUCGACGCUGGGGACAUGUCCCACCUCUUCACCUUCCACCGGGUCUCUGCGGAGAGAUACUGCCCUUUCUUCAGCACCUGCUUCAGCGACGGGAGCGACAACAUGGAGCCCAUGCGCCUCUGCCACCUGGCCCUGUGA